UUGUACAUAUAUAAUAUUUAAGGUCUAUUGGCUAAGUUAUUACUUAUAAUUAUUUUUUUUCCACUAGUUUCCAGCAGUUGUUACUUGUUACAGUUACCUCGUCUAGUCGUAGGUCGUUUUUGUUCACUAAUAAUUAACUCCUAAAUUUUAUUUCGCACGUUUCUGUUUAUAGUGAUAACUAUUAACAAUGCAUUAUUAAACCUCUUAAGUUGUAACAUUAAUCUCACAUUCUCAAAAGUGUUUUCAACUACAUAAAUAAUUAUGACGGCGAAACGUUUUUGCUGGAGUUUAUCUUUUGUUUUUCUUACAAUCUCCACAGUGUCUCCUCACGAAGAAUAUUUUUAUAAGACCUCUACACACGAUAAGACUUUUUUAGACACAGAUAUAAUUACACUUCCAAAUGUACGAAUCAAAAGAUUAGCUGAAUCGAUUAUUAAUACUAAUACUACUGCUCAACAAAAACAUAUUUCUUUUCAAGCAAUCAUAGACAAAAACAAUGGAACAAAACAAACAAAACAAGAAACAAACCCAUCAAACACUUCACUUUUUAUUAAUGAUUCUGAUAAAGCAUUUGGAAAAAAUUUAACUACAGUGACACACGAACCUCCAGUUCAAACGAGUUCAGACAACAUAAGUUAUAUAGGAACAUCCACACCUUUAGCUCUGCCAGUUGACUUAGAAUUUCCUUUAAUUACCAAUGAAACACUUAAAAAUCAUAAUAUAACAAAUUCAAAAAAUGAUUCUCAUAUAUACUACAAUAGUACAACAAUAAAUAAUAUGAAGGUAUUUAAUGAUUAUUGGGUUGAUUUGGUGAAUCAUCCUGAUGCAAAUAUACAUGAAAUGUUAUCAGAUUCUCAUCGCAGAGCUGCAACAAUCAACUUGAAGUUUCAGUUUCCUUUCUAUGGACAUCUAUUAAACUCAACUACAAUUGCAACUGGAGGUUUUUUGUAUUUAGGAGAAUACAUUCAUUCGUGGUUAGCAGCUACUCAAUACAUAGCGCCGUUAAUGGCCAAUUUUGAUUUAAGUUCAUCGAACUAUUCAAGCAUUUAUUACUUGGAAAAUGAUACUGCAUUAACAGUUACUUGGCAUAAUGCCACUUUACAAGAUAAACCUAAAGUUGGAGGAUUUACUUUUCAAACAACUUUACAUUCAAACGGAAACAUUGUAUUUGCUUACAAAAAUGUACCAUCUAAAAUCAAAGAAAUUGAUUCUACAAAUCAUCCAGUGAAAAUUGGAUUAUCUGAUGCAUAUGUAUUAGACAAAACAAUAUUUUUUGUGAGAAGAAAAACUAUUUAUGAAUAUCAUAGAGUAACAUUUCAUGAGGAUGAAGUAACAAAUGGAACUGUUAUAAUUUUAACUGCAUUGCCAACAUGUCUAGAAAAGAAAAAUUGUACUAGUUGUAUUAAAAAAGACACAAAUUUCCAAUGUUUCUGGUGUGACAACCGAUGUUCUUCUGGAGUUGAUCGUAAUCGCCAAGAUUGGCACCAGAAAGACUGUGAGAAAUUGAAGCUUGUUAAUGAAGAUAUGUGCACAUCUGGAGUAACAACUGUUACUCCUCCCACUAUUGAUAAUUCUAGUGUUGAAUCAUCUAUUAAAUCUGAAUCUCACACAAACUCUUCAUCUUCUAGUACAAGUUUAUUCUUCAUAGCGUUGUGUGUAUCAUUGACUUUAAUGUCUUUAGUCUGGAUAUUUUACGCAUAUUUAAAUCCACAUACACGAUCUGGACAAAUGUUAAUAAGAUAUCGACCAAAUCAGUGGGGUUGGAGAAAAGGAGAAGCUCGCUAUACAGCUGCUACUAUUCAUAUGUAAAAUGCAACAACUAAUGACAUCAUCCAAAUAAUUGAUAAUUGAAAGUGUUGGUAGUUUAUUGGUUGAAGUUAUAGAUAUCGAAUAUUAAAUUGAUAACAAGAAAAAACAUCCAUAACGAUGAUUUUUGAAAAUAACUAAGUUUUUAGUAAAAACUUUAUGAUGUAUGAAACAUAAAUAUAUAUAAAUAUAUAUAUUUUGUAUAAUGCAGCUUAUGUUAUUUUUAAACUUCAAUAGACUAACCUAUUGUUACUUAAAACUUUUAUUUUUAAAUUUUUAUAAAUGUUAUUCAAUUUAUUAUAUGUGUGGGUCCUUAAUUGGGGAGAUAGAUUUGUGGAUAUAACGUAAACCAUUAUUUAUUCUGUAUGAAAUUUUGUUGUCUUGCAUUUUAACAAUUAUAAGUUUGACAAUUUGGAAAAAAAAUCAAUAACAUACCUCAAUACUUUGAAAACUUUUUUCAGUAGCUUAGUAUAAACAUGUAUUCAUGAAUUAUUCAAAUGGUUAUCAUAGAAUAUUUUUACACAUUUUUUACAAGUUUUGUUUCUAUUAUGCGCUUUUUUUUGUAACAACUUACUAAAAAUAUAAAAAUUGUAUACGUUAUUAUAGUAGUUUAAAAAUAAACAUUUUUUACUCGCACUUAAAAUUAAGUUUAUUGUGAACAGACUCAAUAUUUUUUUUUUAUACAAUGAAAUAGCUUUUGUUGAUCUGUAUACUUUCAAUAAUUAUUGCAAUAAUGAAGUAUUAUUAACAAAUAUUAUAUCAUUUAUCAAUAAUUCUCUUUUGAGUACUAAUGCACUUAGUUUUAUUUUUAAAAUUUAAUUUUAAUUGUAAAAAUACUUUAAUUUGUCAAAUACAUUCACACAUGUGCAUGGUACAAUUUUUGCUGAAUAUAACACAUAACAUAAAUUCUUAUUAUUGUGAACCCAGCUUUUGAUAAACCUAUGCUAAUAUAUAAUAAUUAUAGAUGACUUGGUCUACAUUAUUUUCAUGUAUAAUUUUUAAACAUUGAUUUUAAUUAUUAUCAGUUGAUAUGAUUGAUUUGUAAAUUGAGUCAAUAAAUUUAAUUUUUGAAAUCACUUAAUGCAACAUCGUUUACCCAAGAAUACUUAAUAUGGUAUUCAGAUAGAUUAAAUUUAGACUAUUAAAAUUUUAAAUUAUUAAGAGGCUUUGAUCCCUGAUUGCUAUACUAACCAACUUUCAUUUUUAACCCAAAAUAAUAAUUUCCAUAAUUUCUUAUGUUAUAUUAGAUAAAUAUAGCUGCCUACUUAAUAGUCUAAAUAUUUUUAUGGAUACAUAUUUUAAUUAUUUUUGUCAGAACCAUAAUAUAUAAAAUAAUUAUGCCAGCUUUGUAAUUAUAUGUGGAAAGCAUACGGAUUUAUUUCCCUUGGGCUGAGCUUGACAUCUUAAUAUUAUUAAUAAAACAAACAUAGUUUAUAUAAUUAUUAGUUAUCACUGUAAGUCUAUAACUCAUCUCCUCUCAUUGAAAAAUCCAUCCUAAUCAUACCGCUGGAUUAUGCACGUUUUAUUUUGUACUUGUAUGUUCCAAUUUUUUUUUAAUAACAAGUAAAAAAUGUCAAAAUAGUGAUAUUCAUUGUAUUAUAUUCUUAAAUUAAGUUUAUUGUUUUUUUCUAUUGUUGAUCUUUUAAAACUACAAAAUUUGUAACAUUCUUAUAUUUAAAUUUUUUUUAUUGUAAACGUAAUAAUGAAAUAGAUAUUAUAUUUACAUAUAUGAUCAGAAUGGGUAUCAAACAACAUCUUUAUUUGUUACUUUAUCAACCAUAUGAUUUAUUUUUUAAUUUAAAAUGAUUCAUUUUAAUUGAUUGUAAAUGAUAAUGAACAACUUCAACUAUUUUAUGUAAUGUUUUAUCUGCUAAACUUAUAAUUACAUUUAGUUAAAUUUAAUGUAAUCUGAUAAUUUCUUACUUCUGUAAUAAUGAGCUUUAUAAAUAUUAAUUAAUUUUAUAUAAAUAAUUGUUAAAAAUAAAUGUUUACUGGUAUAUUUUAUAACCUAA